CAUCAGCUCACUCUGGAUCCGAACACUUUGAAUCAAUGGCUCCGUCUGUCUGAAAGGAAAAGAGCGAUUAUUCAAACUAAAAAAAAGCAGCCGUAUCCUGAUCAUCCAGACAGAUUUGAUUAUUGGUUUCAGGUGUUGUGUAGAGAGAGUGUGUGCGGACGCUGUUACUGGGAGCUGGAGUGGAGUGGGACUCGUGUCUUUAUAUCAGUGUCAUAUAAGAGCAUCAGCAGGAAGGGACGGGGUAAUGAGUGUGGGUUUGGAUGUAAUGAUCAGUCCUGGAGUUUGAUCUGCUUUCCCUCCAAAUACUCAUUCAGGCACAAUAACAUAGAGACUGAUCUCCCUGUGAAAUCCAUCAGCAGUAGAAUAGGAGUGUAUGUAGAUCACAGUGCAGGAACUCUGUCCUUCUACAGCGUCUCUGACACAAUGAGCCUCAUCCACACAGUCCAGACCACAUUCACUCAGCCACUCUAUCCUGGGUUUAAUGUUGUUAAGAGAGUAUCAUCAGUGAAACUGUGUUGAUGAAUCAGAAUAGACUGAUGAGAGAUUCUACCCAUAAUGCUUUGAGCUGCAUGAUGAAUCAGUAACAGUGAGAUAAUAAAAUAAUAAUAAAGUCUCUUCUUUUCUCUUCAUGAAAUUAAUAGUGCAACUGAACUUCUGUGAGUAAAAUAACGUAUAAAUGUGUGCAAUAAAUGAAUAAAUGUCAGAAUAAAUGUGUGCAAUAUAUCCUAAUAUAGACAGUAA